AUGCAAUUCUCUACCGUCGCUGCCUUUGCUUCCGUUGCUGCUGUCGCCUCCGCCACUGCUAACGUCACCACUGCUACUGCUACCGAAGAAUCCACCACUUUAGUCACCAUCACUUCCUGUGAAGACCACAAGUGUGCUGAAACUGUUUCCCCAGCUUUAGUUUCCACUGCUACCGUCACCGUCAACGACGUUGUCACUGAAUACACCACCUGGUGUCCAUUAAGCUCUACUGCCGCUGCUAACGCUACCUCUACCAAGGCUGCUGCUAACUCUACUGCUGCUUCCACCACCAAGUCUGUCACUUCCUACACUGGUGCUGCCGUCAAGGCUUUACCAGCUGCUGGUGCUUUAGUUGCUGGUGCCGCUGCUUUAUUAUUAUAA